CGUUGUGCUUUUCACUAUUUUGCUAUUCAAAUGUACAUCAUUUGAGACAGUAGUAAGGAUCGUGUAAAAAAUACGCCACACCUUUUCACACCGUUCCAUUUAAUUCAUAUCUGAAAUCUUCAUAUUUUAAAACAACGCCUGAAUUUAUGUUGCAAAGAUAACCAUAGUAGCAGAAAUACGCCUGAAGUUAUACCCAACAAAGUCAAGUGCGUUACGCUUAAAUUUCACCGAAACCAAUCCAAAUGGAUCAUGAUCCGAGAACUUUAAAUCAUGGUUAAUUAAUUAAUUAAUGGUUAAUGAAUUGUUCUAACCGGUGCCACAAUGGCAACCCUAUUUCUCACAGUCUAAACAUCUCACUACUACUUCCACCGAAUGGCUUAUAUUUAAACCCAACAGAAAUACAUGUUCUUUUUCUCCGGUUUGUUUACCCGUUGAACCUACCCAUCCUAGGCAAAUCUUGGGCAUACAGCAAAUUGUGACAAAAAGGAAAACAGUAAUCCUGCGUACCCGGCUAGAAUAUUUUGUCUACCCACCAGCGGUUCUAAGAAAAGCGAAGAAAUUAAACGAAGCAAACGAAAGCAAAAUCAAACACCAGUGGAAACAAUUUCACGCGCCACUCGACAUCGUGCGAGGACCCAGAACGGAUCGCUACACUUUGCUUACGCAGCAGGAAGCACAUUUGCUCAGCAUUUAGUACUUGGCGAUCGAUCGUGACAGAAACAGUAGUGAACCGUGCUCUGCCAGUGAUGGACGCUGCCGCAACUCGUUCUGCCGAUUUGGAAAAGCGCCGGAUUUGUCGGUUCUGUUUGCAGUCUUCCGAGCAACUGCGGACCAUCGACGGCACCGACGGCGAGGAACUGACGCUGAAAAUUGCUACCAGUUUGGCACUGGAAGUCUCACCCGGCGAUGGACUACCGCAGACCUUGUGCGAGAGGUGCCUUUGGCUGCUGGAGAAAUUCAAUCUGUUCAAGAAUCAGUGCAGCCGGGCGGAAUUUCUACUGAAAAGUUUUGCUCUGACCGGCAUCCCGCUGAUGCACGCGCUGGAACCGUUUGAAAUUGGUUGUUUCUGUUCCCGACAGAAACAACAUCCCGUGGAUGCGGCCGUGCAAGUGAGUCCACCGGAACCAGAACCAGAACCGGAAGUGUUUGUGGCGCGCGAAACGAAAAGUGAAAUCGACAGCGAGGAUGAAGUGAUAUUCGUUGGAGAUAUCAAGGAGGAAGUGGAAGUGGACGAAGAUUGGCAUUAUGACGCGGACACAUUGGACGCAGUGACCGAACAGCUGUACGAGGAGGAACCUGUGAGCAUAAUACAAUCCUCGCCUUUCUCGGAUGUGGAGCAAAUCUUCGGAGCUCGCAUCAAAAUAGACGGAUCCAUCGACAUUGAUGAAGCCAAACUAGAGCAAGUAAUUUCCACUAGCGCAUCUAAAAUUUCAAAUACCGGAAAGGAAAAUGUUGAUGCCUCUUGUGACGAGCAUUCUUCGGACGGUUCACCUGUUGAAAUGGAUGAGAAGAAACAUCUGAAUGAUGACUCUCAUUCAAACUCAAUUAAAAACAGCCUCUCCGAAGGAUCGCUGGAUAACUUGGAAGUUAUGAUAAUGGAUCUCACCUCAGAAGACACAUUUCCUACGGAAUCCAAAUCGAUAAACUUUCUAACCAAAGUAUCUCCGCCGGAUUCCGAAAUUGUGGAUUUAACACUCGACGUGGAAGCCCCAACCGCGCCGCUGAACGUCUCCAACACUUCAUUUUCGGAUGCCAUGCAAUCUCUACUGGAAGACGAGAAACUGUACGAAUCUAAGAAAAGUAACUCCUACCGAAGACUGACAAACCAAGAUUCACUGCAAUCUUCUCUGAACACCCUGUACGGGGAUAUCCCAACGACUCCCCUCGGCGAAUCGGAUGGUCUCGACAGUCGCUUCCUCGAUCGGGAAGAUGGUGAAAUUAUUUCCGACGAUGAGCUCGAACCGCUGGCACUCAGCUCAGAACUGGCACAGGUUCGACUGAGCACACCCGAUCAGCCUGCCCCUGCCUGUCUGCGAGCACCGUCUCCCAACUCGGACGAAGAAUUUCCCUGCGAGACGUGCGAUAAGUUCUUCCCGCAGGCCUAUCUCCUGGAACACCACAAGAAAGCGUACCACAGCAAUUCACCUCUACGGGCAGCAAAUCCACCACCACGAUCGGAACCACCGGUCGAACAAUCCACUCACAAGGUGACAUUGUCAAUCAACUCAUCCAAACAGGAAUGUCCCAAUUGUGGCCAGAUGAUAGCCAAGGCCAACUACUGGACUCACAUCAAGUCCCACGGUUCCAACGAGAAGCAACUAAUCAGUUUUUCUUGAAGGAAGCAUUCGGUCGAAUGUAAGCGGACGGUUAUGAAAAAUGUACAAAAUAUAAACCUAUUUACAAAUACAGUAAGGAUUACUUUACAGUAAGUUGUUUUGACAACAUAAAUGUUUACUUGAACUUUUCUUAUUUUUCGUCAUUAUCAAUCCCUAAGUAAGUAUUCCCUAAUCUAGCGGUGGUUGAUUAGUAGACGUUAAUAUGCAUCCCCAAUAAUAAUCUUCUAAAUUUCAAGGAUUUUCACCAGGAGUGUAUCGAAAAUAAGCUAUCCACAAAAUUUUCUGUCAAAUUAUGAUA